AUGGAAUCUUUUUUGAAUUCCGUUGAGAAAUUCGUCUCAGAUGCCUCGGUUAAAAUACAGCGAAUGAUUAAUUCAAACGAAAAUAUAUCUCGAAAGCCAAAAAACUCAGGUCCAAAAAUUGAUGAGGAAUUACUCAGCAAUCACUUGAUGAUAAACGAGAAAUUCGUACAAUCUGGUCACCUCGAGACUUCCACAAAAUUUUGGCAAUUCAAAAUCGAUGGAGAAACCACAUACAUUCGUUAUGGAAACAUAAACAUCGAUGGAAGCUUAAAGGAGAGGGCGAUUCAAGUGGAACAACAUAACGACGAGGCGGCUGCCCAGAAAAAAAUAGAAGCCUUAAUAGUAAAGAAACUCGACUCCGGCUAUCAAGGUUGG